AUGUCCGGCGGUUUCGAUAACUGGAAGCCCUACUUCUACGACCCGUCCAUGGUGGCGGCGGUCAUCUUCAUCAUCCUUUACGGAAUAGUGACCGGCCUGCAUACAUACCACCUGUUCCGAACGAGGACAUGGUUCUUCGUCCCGAUGGUGCUUGGAGGAUACUUCGAGUUCAUAGGAUACAUCGGCCGCGCGUUAUCGGCAUCUCAGACGCCAGACUGGACACUCGGACCCUAUAUAAUGCAGAGCGUUCUGCUCCUCGUUGCGCCGGCACUUUUUGCCGCAAGUAUCUAUAUGUACUUGGGUCGGCUCAUCGCUCUCGUACGCGGCGAGAAAUUCUCCGUCAUUCGGGUCGGGUGGAUGACCAAGAUAUUUGUUGCUGGCGAUGUCCUCAGUUUCCUGAUGCAAUCAUCGGGCGCUGGGAUCCUCGUAACAGACUCGCAGCAAAUGGGGGAGAAUAUCAUCGUGGGCGGCCUCUUUGUGCAAAUCGCUUUCUUCGGCUUCUUCGUCGUCUGCUCGUUCAUAUUUCAGCGACGUAUCAACCGCCACCCCACCGCGCUCGGAAAUGCCAGCACAACUCCAUGGAUGAAGCAUAUGUGGGCGCUCUAUGGCUCUAGCAUCCUGAUUUUGAUCCGAUCUAUAUUCCGUGUUGUCGAGUAUCUCCAGGGCUGGGAUGGCUAUCUGCUGCGGAACGAGGCUUUCAUAUAUGUGUUUGACGCGCUGCUGAUGUGGUUGGUGAUGGUAAUAUUCGUGGUUAUCCAUCCAAGCGAGGUGAACUGUCUCUUGGGUCGUGGACGUGUUAUGACAACCAAGGGAGGGUUGAGUAUCAGCGAGGUUACCGUGUGA